ACCUUUGAAACUAUGAUUCAUUUGUUCUCUUCUUCCUUUUGAUCUCUCUAAGGCCAUACCACAUCUCAUUUCAUUUCCUUUACAAUAUGCCUAUAUCAACAAUUCAUCAUUCAACACUUAAAAAACCAAGAAACAAACCAAACUCAACAAACAAUACAAAUGAAUCUAAAUUUUUUUUCAGUACAAAGCCUAAAAAUAAGAAGAAAUUCAUGUCAGUGAGUUUUGGAGGGCUAGGAUGUAAAGGAAAGUUAAAUUCGCCGCCGGUGUCGGCACCGGCAGUCAUAAGAUCAGCAGCACAAUGGGAGAGUACUAACCAAAUGAGGAAAAAUACAAGGAGAAAGAAAACCACAUUGUCAAGUACAAGUACUAGGAAUAUAGCUAAUGUUGUUGUUGAUAUUCCUGAUGUUUGUUGUGCUCCUCCUGGAAUUGGUUCUGCUUCUGAUGUUGCUCCUAGACCAAGAACUCCUUCCCAAAGAUCAAACAACAGAGAGCACUCUCGUGUCGCAAGGAGAACUGCAAAUGGUGAAGAAAUUUCCAGGUUCCGUGCUUCUAAUAUAAGACACCAAUGCCCCCGUUCUCAUCAUCGUCCUUCUAUCAUGAUCCUCAGACAAAACCUGCAAUUUGCUAGAGAUUUAGAUGGUGAUGAUCAACAUGGAUCCUGGAGACUUGAUGUAGAUGAUAUGUCAUAUGAGCAAUUGGUUGAAUUGAGUGAUAGGAUUGGGUAUGUAGGCACAGGUUUAGCAGAAGAGAAAAUUGUCCAAUAUAUAAGAAAGUUUAAGCUCUCAACAGUUGACUCCUCUCCACUUCUCAUCUCCACUGAUAAAGCCUGGAAAUGUACCAUUUGCCAAGAAGGAUACAAAGUUGAUGAUGAAAUAGGAAGACUUGAAUGUGGACACUACCAUCAUAUUGAGUGCAUAAAGAAAUGGCUUAUGCAGAAGAAUACAUGUCCAGUGUGCAAAAGUGCAGCAGUUUAAAUGUUGUAUCAAAGCUUUCAUUCUCUUUUCUCUAUUGUUUCAAGAUUUUGGAUCUUCUUUUAUUUAAUCAAAAUGAAUUUUUGCCUCAGAAUAUAGCCAAAGAGCAUUAAAUUCAGAGGCAUAAAUUGCUUUUUGGUUUUAUUUUCUCCUAUUGGUUUGUUAGAAGUAAGAUUGUAUGAUGUUCUUACACUUCAA